AUGGACAAAGCUACCAAAGCUGGUGGUGGUAAUAUUGUUGGUACAUGUGGGGAGGAAAAUGCUUCAAAGGACAAGGGGGCACAGGUUCCAGAAACCUUUGAGGACGUGGCUGUAGACUUUUCUAGAGAAGAAUGGAAGAUGCUGAGCAAAGAGGAGAAGCAGCUACAUCGAGAAAUGAUGGUGCAGAACUUCGAGAACAUGGUGUCAGUAGGGUAUAACAUCCCUAUGGAGCAUUUGUUGCUGCUAAUUGAAAAACCUGGCGAACGUCCAAAUAAUGUUCUGGAAGGAUAUGUGACCAAAAUUCUGACUGAUCUUCCUGAAGUCUCCCAAACCAUCAGCAGGUUGGCAGAAUGUGAGAUUCAGAGUCCAACAUCAUCAAAAGAUCUCUUGAAUUCCGAAGGCUUCAAACAUGGAACUAAUAAGAUGGCUGUUACAAGGCAUGAGUCUUUUCAUACAGAAUACCAUCAAAGUAAAUGUGUGGAGGACGGCAAGAGUUUUAAAUGGGAGAAAGCACCACAACCUUGUAUGCAGACUCAAAAGGUAAAGAAAUUAGACAAACACAGCAGCUGCAAAACAAGUUUGACAUUUCCAUUCUCCCUCAGAACACAUUGUCUUGCUAAUAAACAAGAAAUUAGGAAGAGAUUACAUUUUAAUCGUAGCACUGACAAUUCCAUAACACUUAGAGAAAAUAAAAACAUUGAGAAAUGGAAUAGUGGUCUGAGAAUUCACGGAAAAGCCUUAACUAGAAGAAAACAAUAUACUUUUCGCACACAUAUCAAGAGCUUCAAAGAGAAGUACAGUUUCAUACAUGACAAAUGGAGGAGGCUGUAUAAAUGUGCAGCUUGUGGUAGAAGCUUUAUACGGAAGAGUAGCCUUACAUGGCAUGAGAAUAUUCACAAAGAGAAGAAACCAUAUAUAUGUAUCACAUGUGGAAAGAGUUUUACACAAAAGGGCAUUCUUGAAGCCCAUGGGAGAAGCCACAGUGGUGUGAAACCAUAUAAUUGUGCAACUUGUGGCAAGAGUUAUAUAAGGAAGAGUAAUCUUGUCUGGCAUGAGAAUAUCCACAGGAGGAAGAAACGAUAUUCAUGUUCCACUUGUGGUAAGAGCUUUGCACAGAAGAGUCUUCUUAAGGUCCAUGGUAGAAGUCAUAGUGAUGUGAAGCCAUAUAGAUGUGCACUUUGUGGUAAGAGUUAUGUGUGGAAGUCUAGCCUUGCACUGCAUGAGAGUACACACACUGGGGAGAGACCAUAUAAAUGUGCAACAUGUGGCAAGAGCUUUAGACACAAGGGAUACUUCAGAGUUCAUAAGAAACUUCACAGUGGGGAGAAACCUUAUAAAUGUGCUGUGUGUGGUAAGAGCUUUCUAGAGAAAGGUCACUUCAUUUUCCAUGAGAGAAGCCACACUGGGGAGAAGCCAUAUGAAUGUGCAGUUUGUGGCAGAGGUUUUGCAAUGAAGUCCAGCCUUACACGGCAUGAGAAAAUCCACACUGGAAAUAAGUCUUAUAAAUGUGCUGUAUGUGGCAAAAGUUUCUUAGAAAAAGGGAACCUUACAGUUCAUGAGAAAAUCCACACGGGCGAGAAGCUGUAUAAAUGUGAAAUAUGUAACAAGAGUUUUACUUGGAGGAGUAGCCUUGUAGUGCAUGAGAAAUUUCACACUGGGAAUAAAUUUUGGAAAUGUGACACUUGUGGCAAGAGUUUCACAUUCAAGAGCAAACUCAUAGUCCAUGAGAGAAGUCACAGUGGGGAGAAGCCAUAUAAAUGUACAGCUUGUGGCAGGUGUUUUACUUUGAAGAGGCAACUUACAGACCAUGAAAGAAGACACAGUGGGGAGAUGCCAUAUAAGUGUGCAACUUGUGACAAGAGUUUUACAUUGAAAAGCAGCCUUAUACGUCAUGAGAAAAUUCACAGUCAGGAGAAGCCACACAGAUGUGACACAUGCGGCAAGAGUUUUACACAGAAGGGUGAUCUCACAGUCCAUGAGAGAAUCCACUCCGGAAACAAACCCUAUAAAUGUGACACAUGUGGCAAAACGUUUACACGGAAGUGGUGCCUUUCGGUCCAUGAGAAAACCCACACUGUUGAGAUUGUACUAAUUUCAUGACCAGUUUAGUAAUGGGGGAGUGGUUGAUUCCCACCACAGCUAGAAACAAUACUAAAUAUCUGGUGAAUUUUAACCAGAAGGAGGAGAAAGGCACUACAAGAUAAUUGUUGCCUCAAGAAAAUGUCAACCUAAAGAAGAAUGAUUGAAAAAAGAGUUACAGCGAGAAGGAGUGUAUGUGGAUGAUCAGGAAGAAAGCGUGAAUGAACGAAAAACAAAAAUGACUAAGGAAUACUUCUGAAGAUCGAUGCUAAUGUUGAAUUACAUUUCAUACUGCAGUAAAGUUCAGAUAAUACAUCAGUUGGAACUCUCUCUGUUGAUAUCACAUAGGCUUUGGUUUGAUAAACUGUUCAGAAUAAGUGUUGAAUCAUUUAGAUAGGAAAACUGUUUAAUGCUCAUCACUUACUAUAUAACAGUUUGUGCAUGGUUAGAUUAUCAUGUAACAUGUUUAAAUCAUACAACUUUAUCAAACUGAUUAUAUGUAUAGGUCUGCAGUUGUAGGACUACAUGCAUAUCUCAUGGCAUAGUAGGUCCUAACUUAAUUUUUUUAAGUAAGGUUAAUUUUUUUUAACAAAGAAGAACACAAGCCAACGUACUAAGUCCUAACAUUAAAAAAUUUAACCAAGAAGAAUACAAAUAAAAAUGACAACAUUCAUGUUAUUAAAGCAAUUUUGAAGUUGGCAGAGGUAGAAAAUUUAGCCUCAAGGAACUGCAGAAAGCCCGCAUAUUUGGAGGCAUAUUGACAGAACUACAGGAAUAGUGAUACAUUGCUCACGAUUUUACAUUAGAAUGGUUGAAGAAAGAUGAACACUGAGAAUAAAAGGCUAAUAAUGACAAUUCAAGGCAGUGCAUUGCUUGCAAAAUAGUUUAGGAAACAUAGAAAACUAUAGGAGAUAAAAUGUGGCAUACCUGCUUAUUGGCUGUGCUAUACCCAUGACCAAAGGUUUGUGUUCAAAACGUUGUUUACAGUAAUACUUUGGUGUUCGUUAUCUGCAGCGUGUAACUUAGUCCAGGAAAGUCACAGUCGAGAGAUAAAUCUUUGAAUAAGCACGGAAUCCCUCCUAGAAUCUACACAAAAUUCAACUAAGUUUAAAUGCUGCAUUUUGUAUAGUAUCUCUGAACAUACAACAGAAUCCUUGGAAAAUACAAGCAGAGUAUUGGCUUCUAUACCUGUGGUAGAAAUUAGCUUCACUGUACAUUACUGCUGUCUAUCCUUACAAAAUAACACUAAUUUCAAUCAGUUUGAACUGAGUUGCAAUUCACUAUCUUACAGUUGCAAGCAAAAUACUGUUUCACUGUUGUUGGAGUAAAAGAUAGUUAUAGCUUGGGAAAAAAGGCAGAAAAAAUAUAAAGUUAGCUGAUUCACAAAAUUGUCAAUUGUUUUAAACUUGCCCCCCCCCCCCCCCAUACUAUUGAACUUAAAAUGUAAAUUUAUAUAUCAAUAAAUUUGCAAGCAAACUCCCACAAUAUAAAUUUGUAAGUGAUCCCUAUAAUGUAAAUGUACUAUUGGUCCAUAUUAAGUGCUUUAAGCCAAGAUAUUAUUUAAAGCAAGACAGUUAUGCUGGACAUAUCAGUUGAUCUUCAAAGACCAGAAUAACAUUGGUUUAAUACAGCUGUAAGCCAUAUGAAAUGUGUCUUGUGAAUACAGAUGAAGUAGGCUUCAGUAAAUGUGUAUGACUGAGCAGAGCACAAGAAUUCUAGGAUUUUGUGUCCAAAAUCUUGAGCUCAAAGGACAUUCAUUGCACAUUUUGUUUGGGGGUACAAGUGAGAGAGA